CAGAUGGAGCCGGACGCCCACGCCGAGGACGACUACGACGACGACGACUGGCAAGGGCAGUGAUGCGCCUGUCUGUUGUUUCUCGGCCUCUUCGUCUGCGACUGCCUCAACCGCACUCGCGGCGACUCAAUACCCGUCUACGAUACCGACCUCAGCUGUGCGGUCUGGCGCGAUGUGCUGGCUGAAGCUGCCAUCCACGCUCAGCUCCGUCUAUCUUCCCGUGCGUGCGCCUGCGGCCGCCAUCUCCAUCCUCCAUCUACAAACGCAACAACCCCAUCCCAAGUCUCUACGAGCUCCCCGAGUUCCUCAUCUGCACCGCUCCGCCCGUGUCUCAUUCCUCCACACGCCUCUCCACGAACGCCCAUCGAGCGCGCGCCGCUCACACCUCAGGCGUCGCCCUCACGGCGCCACACGACCUCACGCUCUACGACUCCACGAGGCGAUCUGUUCUCCUAUGCCGCCGCGUCCCUGCAGCGCGUCGCCUCUACGACCCACUCGAUCCGCCCCCCCUGUUCCCCUCACGCCCUCAGCUAGUUGAUGCAUGCAGCAGUCCUGGACCUCUGCGAGUCUGUGCGCCUGUGUGCGAGUAGCGAGCGGCUGCGGAGAGGUGCAGGCGCCGCAGGAUCGCGCAAGGGGGCGAGCAAAGGAUGGGUUCGAGAGUGUGCAGGCCGGGAGACAGCU